AUAAACGUCAAAUAAUUUUUAAAAACGCAUAUUUAAAAGUAAAUAAAUCUGUUCAAAAAUUCAAAUUCACAAUAUGGCCACUUUGAGCAAAAAGCGAAAACGUACGAACCGCAAACGUUUGCUGUUUCGACGCUACAACUACAAUCACAUUUUACGCGCCAAAUUAAGGGGUAGCCGCAAGAAGUGGACGACUAUCAACAAAAUGGCACAAAUACAGGAAUAUCAAGACUUGGUGCUCGAUGCUCUCGAAACAGUUCAAUUCAAGCUGAUACGCGACAAGACAGACAUCAACAACGAUGCCUUGAUUUUCCACCCCGCGAUGGCACAUCAAAUCUUUGGUGAAUCUGAGACAAUUUUUGGCUACCAAGGAUUGCAAGUACGUGUGCUAUACACGGCCGGACCGUUGCACAUCUAUCUGGGCAUUGAGUACGAGAAACGUGUCAAUGAAAUAUCUGGCGGUGAAAUCAAAGCAGACGACGUAGUGGCGACAAUUGCGCAGAGUUUGCCUGAUGGCUGCUAUUUUAUCAACCAGGAUGAGUUCCUCAAGACGCUGGACAAAGCGGACAAGUUCCAGCCAUUCGGCGAGAAGCUAAGCGAGUACACGCAACGUGGCGAUGAUGGCAGCGAACGUCUCUUUGAGAUCUAUCAAUGCGACUACAAGUUGUCUUCCUUCCUCAAGUUCUUUGCACGACUGCAAACAUUUAUUUUGUGGUUUGUGGAUGCCGCAUCUUACAUUGAUACCGAUGAUGCACAGUGGUGCUACUUUAUUUGCUACGAAAAGUACAAGAACAAGGAUGGACAGUAUCAAUAUGCCACCGCUGGCUACACCACGGUCUAUGAAUAUUAUGCGUAUCCGCAAAACAAGAGGCCACGCAUCAGUCAAAUGUUGAUAUUGCCGCCAUUCCAAAAGCUAGGCUUGGCCACUCAGCUGGUGGAAACGAUUUAUAAGUUUUAUCAGUCGCAGAAGAACGUUGUGGACAUUACUGUCGAGGAUCCUUCAGAGGAUUUCCAACGUUUACGAAAUUUUGUUGAUGCCAAAUUGUGCAAGGAACUAAAGUGUUUUGCACGCAACGAAAUCAUCAAAGGUUUCAACAAGGAAAUGGUGCGAGAAGCACGCGAAGCCUUGAAGUUGAAUCCGCGGCAAGUGCGCAAAGUUUAUGAGCUGUUGCGUCUCUAUUACACCAAUGUGCACGAUGAGAAAGAGUAUCGAUCCUACCGUCUGGAAGUGAAGCGACGAUUGAAUGCCGUUUACUAUAAGCAGUUAAAAGAUCUACAAAAAAUGGAACGCUUCAAGAUGGAUACUGAAAUGUUGCGGGCACGUUUGCCCAGCAUGAAGCAGCGCAUUGAGCAGCUGCAGGAAGAAUAUGUACUGAUCGAACAGGAUUACAAGAAUACAAUUGAUAAGCUGCGCGCCUAGAUGGAGUGAAGAUUUUAAACAAAACACAAAACAUAAAACAUGCCAUUGGGUGUUGAUUAAUUUAUUACGUUUUUCGGUUCUUCAUAUGUUGAUUACAAAAUACAAUUUGUUGCUAUAAGCCUACAGUAGGAUUCUGUCGAAUAAAUAUGUAUUAAAAAUA